AUGAGAUUUAAAAAAUUUUAUUUAUUGUAGAAUGGGAUCUUGAAGUUGAUCAAAUCUAUUUAAGUAAUUUAUAAACUCGAAUUGAUUAGAAAAUUCAUAAAUAAUUAGGAAGGAACUGAAAGAUGGAAUUAAUUAAAAGUAAAUAAGACUGAUCUUUAUAAAUGGAAACCUGAAUCCACAUAUAUUCAUAAUCCACCAUUUUUCUAAACAACAGAAUUAAAUCCAAAACUAGUUUAACCAAUUAAGAAAGCAUAUUGUCCUUUGAACUUAGGUGAUUUCAUUACUACAGAUCACAUCUGACCAGCAGGUUCUAUUGCUGAAAACUCUCUGCUGGUCGUUAUCUCAAAAGCAAAGGUGUCACUAAGAAAGAUUUUAAUACUUAUGGUGCCAGAAGAGGAAAUGAUGAAAUUAUGGCUAGAGGUACAUUCGCUAACACUAGUAUCAUCAACAAAUUAGUUAGUAAGGUUGGACCUUAAACUGUUUAUGUUCCAACAGGAGAAGUAAUGGAUGUAUUUGAUGCAGCUGAUAAACAUAUGAGAGAAGGAAAUCAAUCUAUUGUUUUAGCUGGUUAAGAAUAUGAUUCAGGUAGUAGUAGAGAUUGGGCAACAAAGUAAUUAUACAUACUAUAUGAAAUAGAGGACCAUAUUUAUAAGGUGUUAAAUGUGUUAUUGCAUAAUCAUUUGAAAGAAUCCAUAGAUCUAACUUAGUUGAAAUGGGUAUCUUACCACUUGAAUUCUUAUAAGGAGAAAGUGCUGAUACACUUGGAUUAACAGGAAAGGAAUAAUUCACAAUUAAUGUGAAUACAAGCAAUUUAACUCUUGGUUAAACAUACACUGUUGAAACAUGUAUUCUUUAAUUUAUAUAAUAUUGAGCAACUGGUAAAAAAUUCUAAGCUAAAUCAAGAUCGGACACUGAAGUAGAAAUUGAAUAUUACAAACAUGGAGGUAUCUUAUAAUAUGUGUUAAGAAAACUCGUCAAAGCAUGA